CGAAUCGAUAAGAAACAAAGAGAGAAAAUUUCACGAGAAGAAUAGAAUCAAAUCAAUCAAUCCAGUGUCGCCUCGCCACCGAGAUCUCGAAGAUGUUUAGCUACACCAGGGUGAGUACCGGCGCCGACGCCGACGCCGAUGUUGAUGCCGUGGAAAUGAAAGGCGGAGGAGAAUUCGAUAUAGAAUCGGGAGAGAAGCUUUACCCUGGAAUUAGCCGCGGCGAGAAUCAGCUCCGAUGGGGAUUCAUUCGCAAGGUCUACGGAAUACUGGCGGCGCAGAUCCUUAUGACCACCGCCGUCUCCGCCGCCACGGUUCUCUACGCUCCGAUCAACGAUCUCCUCCGUGGAAACUCCGCCUUGCUGCUUUUCCUCGUCUUCACUCCUUUUAUAUUGUUAUGGCCUCUGUAUGCCUACAAACAGAAGCACCCGUUGAACCUCGUCUUCCUUGGGCUGUUCACGUUGUCUUUGAGCCUAACGGUUGGCGUAACCUGCGCCAAUACCGAAGGAUGGAUUGUGCUUGAAGCCUUGAUCUUGACAUCGGCUGUAGUUUCAGCGCUCACGGGAUACACUUUCUGGGCUUCUAAGAAAGGCAAGGAUUUCAGCUUUCUAGGACCAAUCUUGUUCACGAGCCUAUUCGUCUUGGUUUUGACCGGCUUCAUUCAGGCGUUCUUCCCGCUGGGGUCUACCACUUCUGCAAUCUACAGCUCCAUCGGCGCCAUAAUAUUCUCCGGAUAUAUAGUUUACGACACUGAGAAUCUGAUCAAGCGCUACACAUACGACGACUAUAUCUGGGCUUCCGUCAACCUCUAUCUGGACGUUCUCAAUCUGUUCCUCACCAUUCUUCGGAUGCUGAAACAGGACAACUGAACUAAUGCAAGUAUGUAUGUAUGUAUCUACUGCUUGAAAUGUGUUUAUUUUGUUUAGAUAAUCGUAGAGGAUUAGUCGACUGGGAAGAUAAUUGUGUGGAAACGAAGAGUCGCGUGGAAAAAUGAAGUGUUAUGAUUUAUAA